AUGUCGUCACUCUAUAAUCUCGAGCCACAACCUACGGCAUCAUGCGUUCUACACACCACUUCCGGCGAUAUUUCCCUCGAGCUUUGGGCGCAACAAGUUCCCCUCACAUGUCGUAAUUUCCUGCAACAUUGCCUCGACGGCUACUAUGAUAAUACUAUCUUUCAUCGACUUGUGCCGGGUUUCAUUUUACAAGGCGGUGAUCCUACAGGUACUGGAUCCGGAGGAGAAUCUAUCUACGAUGGCGGCGAAUUUUCUGAAGAGAAUGGUAUAUGGCCUAUGGAAGAGCGAAAAGGACAAAAUGCAGGACCGAGAGGAGUCGGAUUCAAAGAUGAAUUUCAUAGCAGGAUAAAGUACAAUAGGAGAGGAUUGUUGGGAAUGGCGAACGAGGGGAAGGAUACGAAUGGGAGUCAAUUUUUUCUGACUCUUGGAGAUACGCCGGAGUUGACGGGUAAGAAUACUCUGUUUGGACGGGUGGAGGGAGAAACUAUAUAUAAUUUGGCAAAAAUGGGUGAGGUGGAGUGUGGAGAUGGGGAGAGGCCGUUGUAUCCUACGAAGAUUAUGGAGGUGGAGGUCUUGGUUAACCCGUUUAAGGAUAUGGUAAGGAGGGAGAGGAUUGCAAAGGCUGCUCCGAAGAAGAUUGUGGAGAAGAAAAAGAAGAGGAAAGCAGGAAAACAAUUGUUGAGUUUCGGGGACGAUGGGGAGGAGGGUGUAGAGGAACCAAUGGUUAAGAAAAGGGCGAAGUUUGAUACGAGGAUUGUAAUGGAUGAUGGGAUUGCAGAUAACGAGCCCGAACCCGAGCCUAAAACCAAAUCAGCGUCGAAAAAGAAGGCAUCAAGACCGCGAUCAUCAGAAUCACCCAAGUCAUCACCAGAACCAGAGGCAAGACCACCUCCCAAAUCCUUGCCCAAUAGAGCCGCAAAUCUCGAUCGAGAUAUUUCUUCCUCGCCAGAACCUCAGGUUGAAAAGGUUACCUCUUUACUAGAUCGCACAAAUGCACAAAUUGCAGAACUCAAAGCAUCCAUGAAGCGAAAUGUUCAGGCGGUCCCUGAGCUCGAAAAGAAGAAAUCCGCUUUAGAAGCAAUGAUACCAGCAACAUCUGUUCGUGGAAGAAAACGUAACCCUAACGGAAAGUCAACUGCUAGCAAUGAUCAAGCAGCCCUAGAUAUCCUACGAGCCUUUCGAGAAAGAUUGGAAUCUGCGCCAGCUGAAAAGGAAGUGGCUAAACCUGUACCGCAAGACGACACUGAAGGAAAACUCGAUGAAAAUGGAACAGCUGAUGAUGAAGAAGCUGCAUUGUGUGAUCUACACUUUAUAGUGAAUUGUCAGUCUUGUCAAUCAUGGGAAGCGCAAGGCGAGGAAGAAGAGGAUGAUGAUCUUAAUGACAAGGGGUGGAUGUCUCAUGCGUUAAGUUUCAAGGAAGAUAAAUUAGGCAAAGAUCUUAGUUAUAGGAAGAAAGCUGAAAAUGAAUUGGUGGUUAUUGAUCCGAGAGAGAAAGCUAAAACGUUAAAGGAGGAGAUGAAGGCGAAGAGGGAGGCGAAAGCAGGAGGUUCAACAGGGAGAGAAUGGGAUAUGAAGAGGAACGAGAAAUUGGCGAAAGGAUCGGCGUUGGCUGGGAGAGGAGCGAAAUAG